AUGCAUGCACCGUCGCGUCGCGCGAGCACGGCGAGCCGACGACACGACGUUGCCAUCGACCGCGAGAAGCUGACACGCCUCAAGAGAGCACACACAACCCUAGCUCUUCAGGCAUCGCGUGACUGUGUCCAACUAACCCCGUUCCCUCUACGCAUAGUGCAUUUACGCAUUUGCUCGUGCGUUGCUGCAGAGCGCGCCACAAGUGCACACCGUGCAUGCAAGGUAAGGUAUACGUGCAGAGGUAAACGCACGCGAGGUUUGCUUAUAAAAAGAGGGCCACGCCGCGAGUGUGAGCUUCAAGGCCCCAAGCCUCAGCUUAGAAGCUCUUUGCGAAAGAUGGCGAUGGCUACCGCGUUCGUGGCUUGCUGUCUUCUCAUGGCGUCCGCCGGCGCCGCUUCGGCGCGUAGUCUCGUCGCCGACGGCGGGAACUUCGGUGGCCGCAAGGACUACUACCCUCCAGGCAACACCGACCCAAACCACUCACCAAGCCCCACGCCCUGCAAUCAUGAUUCCCACGGGACGCCGCCCUGCUCGCCGGCGCCACCGCAAGGAGGUGGAGGAGGGUACUACCCACCCGCACCAUCCGUCGGUACCUCCCCGACCACACCUGGUGGAGACUACAACCCGCCUUCGCCGUCGACAGGGGCCGCCCCUACUACGCCUGGUGGCGAGGACGCCCCGCCCGCGCCGUCCAGUGACACCUCUCCGACCACCCCUGGUGGCGGCUACUACCCGCCCACUCCGUCCAGCGGAACUGCCCCAACCACGCCUGGGACUGGAGACUGCCCGCCCUCGCCGUCGACAGGCGCCGCCCCUACUACGCCUGGUGGCGAGGACGCCCCGCCCGCGCCGUCUAGUGACACCUCCCCGACCACCCCUGGUGGAGGCUACUACCCGCCAACUCCGUCAAGCGGCACUGCACCAACCACGCCUGGGACUGGAGACUCCCCGCCAGCGCCGUCCAGUGACACCUCUCCGACUACCCCUGGUGGAGGCUACUACCCGCCUACUCCGUCCACCGGUACCGCCCCAACCACGCCUGGGACUGGAGACUGCCUGCCCUCACCGUCCGCCGGCACCUCUCCUAGCACCCCUGGCGGUGGUGACUACCCGCCCUCGCCAGCCAGCGGCGCUGCGCCUGGUGGCGGGAACUGCCCUCCCUCGCCGUCCGCCAGCACCUCUCCUACCACCCCUGGCGGUGGCUACUACCCGCCCUCGCCAGCCAGCGGCACUGCGCCUACCACGCCUGGUGGUGGGGACUGCCCACCCUCGCCGUCUGCCGGCACCUCUCCGACCACACCUGGUGGCAGCUACUACCCGCCUUCACCGUCAACCGGCACUGACCCGAACACUCCUGGUGGCGGCGGCAACCCGCCAUCCCCGACCACUCCUGGUGUCGCCGACUGUCCGCCAGCCCCGUCCACCGGCACCUCGCCGAGCACCCCUGGUGGUGGUGGCUACUACCCACCCUCGCCAUCCACUGGCACUGACCCAAACACGCCUGGUGGCCGCUGCCCGUCCACCGGCACCUCGCCGACGCCUUGCAUUGGCACAACUCCUCCCUCGAGCACGUUGCCUCCAAGCACUCCCACGCCGUUCGACCCAAACAGCCCACCCUACUCCCCGCUGGUACCGACGCCGCCGACGAACACCCCCACGCCAUUUGACCCGAACACCCCACCGUUCUCCACUGGCCCUUACGGUUACUGGAUGUCGCACCCGGGCGUGAUAUGGGGCCUGUUCGGGUACUGGUGCCCGCUGGUGCGGCUGUUCGGCCCGAGCGCCGCGGUGCCGUUCGGGCACGACCUGACCGUGCCGGAGGCGCUGGCCAACACGCGCGCCGACGGCGUGGGCGCGCUCUACCGCGAGGGCACGGCGUCGCUGCUCAACUCCAUGGUCAGCAGCGGGUUCCCCUUCACCACGGCGCAGGUGAAGGACGCGUUCGGCGCCGCGCUCAGCUCCGGCGACGAUCGCGCCGCCGCCGCGCAGGCGCAGCUCUUCAAGAUGGCAAACGAGGGGCUUGCCAAGCACUAGGCGUGGGUUCGUGACUGAUGCCCAGCUGCACUGGCAUGCAGCGGCAGGCGACAACGCGCCAGCUUGGAUCUCUAGCAGUUAAUUAAAGUACGUGUUUGACUCGUUUGAUCCUGGGUUAGAUGUCAUGUCGUGCUUGUAUUAGGUGUGCUGCGUGCACGUGAUCUCUGUGUUGUGUGUGUGUGAGAGAGAGAGAGAGAGUGUGUCUACAAGUGUUUAUGUGGCCUGUGAAUUUGGUCUGCGUA